UGACAUACGUAUGUUAGUAGUAUAUGUUAACAGAAAAAAUAUCGGAUAACUUAUCCCUAUGUAUUUUUAUGUAUAUACAUGAUUUUACAGUAUCAUUCAACGGAAGAUAAUACAAAAAGAAAUGAGUAGGAUAGAGGAAGUAUUUCGACGCAUGUUUUACUUCUUUUUGACUUUGCUGCACUCUUACCACAAUAACGUCAAACAAUGAUUAAUGGUUACUCGCUUUCCCUGGGAAAAUUACAGUAGCAGAACGAGACCUUUGGGUUCAUAAUACACGUACAAUUUUCAUCAUGCAUAAGAUUAGGUACAAAAUUUCAAAGCAGUUCCUUUCUGGAAAAUAAAUCUCAGAUAACUACUAAAAGUUAUAUUCGUUACCAUCAUUUUGUUCUGCUCAAUACUCAGGACUGCGCCAUGAAAUGAAGUUAGCUACCAUCAUUUUGCUCUGUUCGGUUCUAGCAUCAACGUUAACAAACUCGGUAUCAGUAGAUAUUAUCAGAAGUAAUCAGGCCUUUCGAGAUGGUGACACGAUCAUAUCAGCAGGCGGAGAGUUUGAGCUUGGAUUUUUCAGCCCGGGGAGUUCUACGAAUCGAUAUCUUGGCAUAUGGUACAGCAGAAUAUCAAAGGGGACAGUUGUAUGGGUUGCUAAUAGAGACCACCCUCUGAUGAAAAACUCGGGCGUGGUGCAGGUUACUGACAGAGGGAUUACAUUGCAGACGGUUAAUAGUAGUGAUGGGAUAGUUUGGUCAUCAAAUACGUCGACAUCCUUAAAGAAUCUUGUUGUGCAGAUACUAGAUACAGGGAAUUUGGUUUUGAGGGAUGAAGAUCAAGAUAUCAAUGAUGUAGAGGAUUUUAUCUGGCAAAGCUUUGAUCAUCCGACAGACAAUAUGCUGCCUGGAAUGAAGUUGGGAAUAGAUCUGGUACGCGGGAUAGACAGGUAUUAUACGUCGUGGAAAAGUGAUGAUGAUCCAUCCGUAGGUAGUUUUACCAACCGACUAGAUCCUCAUGGUUUUCCACAAUUUUUUUUGAUGAGAGGUUCAGAGUUUUGGUCUAGGACUGGACCAUGGAAUGGUUAUAAAUUGAGUGGCACUCCGAAUUUUAACCCGAAUGGAAUUUAUACAGACAAGGUUGUUUUCAAUAAGAAGGAGAUUUAUUAUACGUUUGAUCUUAUCAACAAAACUUCUGCUAUUAUGAGGUUUUUUCUGACUCCAAGUGGAGAUUCAGAAUGUCUUGUGUGGAAUGAUCAUCAACAAAAUUGGAUGGUUUACCUUACUCUACAGGACACGGACUGUGAUCGUUAUGGAUUGUGUGGUAAUUAUGGAAGAUGUAACGUAUACAACACACCUCGAUGUAGUUGCUUGAGAGGAUUUAUUCCUAAAUUCCCAGAGAAGUGGAAAGCAGCAGAUUGGUCUGGUGGAUGCAUCCGGAAAACUAAGCUAGUCUGCGGGACAGGGGAGGGUUUUGUGAAAUAUUCGGGUGUGAAGUUACCAGACAUGCGCCACUCUUGGUAUGACAUGACAAUUAACCUUAAAGAAUGUAAAAGAUUGUGCCUCAAAAAUUGUAACUGCACAGCCUAUGCAAAUGUAGAUGUCAGAAGCGGUGGACAUGGAUGUCACUUAUGGUACAAUGACCUAAUUGAUAUUAGGGACCUCACGGAAGAUGGACAAGAUAUCUAUGUAAGGAUGCCAUCAUCUGAAAUAGAAAAAAGCUGGAGCUCGCGAGGAAAGAAAAAAUUAGUGGUCAUUGCAGUCCUAACAGUAGUGUUACUUGGUGGAAUAUUACAUCUUGUACACAGGAUGAGAAAGCUGCAGAAAGAAGAGAGCUUAAAAUUAAGUUCGGAAAGUGUUCACCUGACCAAAGUUGAGAAUGAAGAUCUGGAUUUGCCACUGUUUGACUUCAAAACGAUUGCAAAUGCCACAAGUAACUUCUCCCCAGACAAGAUACUUGGAGAGGGUGGCUUUGGACCUGUAUACAAGGGCAUGUUGGAUGGUGGACAAGAAAUAGCUGCGAAAAGGCUUUCAAGCAAUUCAAGUCAAGGACUAGAUGAGUUCAAAAAUGAAGUAUCUUGUAUUGCCAAACUUCAGCACAGAAAUCUUGUGACACUUCUUGGUUGUUGCACAGAAAAAGGAGAAAGGAUUUUAAUUUACGAAUAUAUGGCUAACAGAAGUCUAGAUUCAAUUAUUUUCGAUGAAAAUUCAAGAAACACAAUGGACUGGCCAAAACGAUGCAACAUAAUAAAUGGAAUUGCUCGGGGACUUAUGUAUCUUCAUCAGGAUUCAAAGCUAAGGGUCAUACAUAGAGAUCUCAAAGCCAGUAACAUUCUACUUGAUCAUGAGAUGAAUCCAAAGAUUUCAGACUUUGGCAUGGCAAGAAGUUUUGGAGGAAAUGAAACUGAAGCAAAUACAUCAAGAGUUGUUGGGACAUAUGGUUACAUGUCCCCCGAGUAUGCUAUUGACGGGCAAUUCUCUGUUAAAUCUGACGUUUAUAGCUUUGGUGUACUGCUUCUAGAGAUCAUAAGCGGAGUGAAAAAUAGAUUAUUCACUCAUCCUGAUCACAGCUUAAACCUUCUAGGGCAUGCAUGGAUGAGCUACAAAGAAGAUAAAUUAUUGCAACUCAUAGACGAAGUGAUCUUGGAGUCCAGUAAUCAUACCGAAGUUUUCCGAGUCAUCCAGAUUGGAUUAUUGUGCGUUCAACAUGAUCCCAAGGACCGGCCGGUUAUGUCAGAAGUGGUACUCAUGUUGAGCAGUAACAUGAAACUACCUCAUCCUAAGCAACCUGGUUUUUUCAUGGAGAGAUAUUUUCUUGAAGCAGAUCACUUUGGGAGCAACGCAAAAUUGUCAUCAUCCAACGACUUGACAAUUACAGCUCUCCUACCUCGACCAUAUUUGAUAAACACCAGAGGAUUAUAUCUUACUAUGGAGUUAACUACCAUCAUUUUACUUUGCUACACUGCAACAUAUAUCUUGAUAAACUCCUUGGCAGCAGACAAAAUUACAAGAUAUCAGACCUUUCGAGACGGUGACACCAUCAUAUCGGCAGGUGGAGAAUUCGAACUCGGAUUUUUCAGCCCAGGCAGUUCAACAAAUCGAUAUCUUGGCAUCUGGUACAAGAAAAUAUCAGAAGGGACAGUUGUGUGGGUUGCUAAUAGAGAUCGUCCUCUCACGGAUAGCUCAGGCUCGGUACUGGUUGAUGGCAAUGGAAUUACAAUAUUGCAAAGUGUUAAUGGUACUAAUGGGAUAAUAUGGACAGCAAACACUUCUAACUAUAUAAAGAAUCCUGUUGUGCAGCUAUUAGAUUCAGGAAAUUUGGUUCUCAUGAGUGAAGAUUUAGAAGGUUUUGUCUGGCAGAGCUUUGAUUAUCCGGCAAACACUUUGCUACCUGGCAUGAAGAUUGGAAUAGACCUGGUAACUGGUAUAGAGAGGUAUUAUACAUCCUGGAAAACUGAUAAUGAUCCGUCCAUAGGUAGAUUUUCCCAACGACUUGAUCCUAGUGGCUUCCCGCAGUUUUUUUGGAUGAAAGGUUCAGUGAUUUGGUCGAGGACUGGACCAUGGAAUGGUUAUAAAUUUAAUGGCAAUCCCAAUAGUAGCCCAAAUGGAAUAUAUAAAGACACCUUUGUUUUUAACGAGAAGGAAGUCUAUUAUAAGUUUGAUCUUACAAAUAGAACUUCUGCCGUUAUGAGGUAUAUAAUGACCACGGCUGGAGUUACACAACUUCUGGUGUGGAAUGAUCAACUACAACAGUGGAGUAUUUACCUUAGCCUGCAGAACACUGACUGUGGUCGUUAUGGAUCGUGUGGUGCUUAUGGAAUAUGUGACAUUAAAAACUCACCAAGAUGUGGAUGCUUGAGAGGAUUUGUUCCAAAAUUCCCAGAGAAGUGGAAAGCAGCAGAUUGGUCUGAUGGGUGUGUCCGGAAGACUAGGCUGGUCUGUGGGACAAAAGAGGGUUUUGUUAAGUAUUCGGGUGUAAAAUUGCCAGACACACGCCACAUACGGUAUGACUUGAAAAUUAAUCUUAAGGAAUGUGAGAAUUUAUGCUUGAAAAAUUGUUCUUGUACAGCUUAUGCAAAUGCAUAUGUAACAAGAGGUGGACAAGGAUGUCUACUGUGGUUCAGUGACCUCAUUGAUAUUGGAGACUACAAAGAAGAUGGACAAGAUAUUUAUGUAAAAAUGUCAGCUUCUGAAAUGGGAGAAAGCUGGAGAUCUGGAUCUAAGAGGCAAAUACAGUUCAUUGUCAUUCCUGCAGCACUAGUAGUAACCCUGCUGGGAGUAAUAUUCCUCCUAAUAUUCACGAAGAGGAAGCUCAUUAAAGAAGAAAAAUUGAAAUCAAUUUCCGAAACCGAAAGUGUUGCCUUAACCAAAAUGGAGAGCGAAGAUUUUGACUUGCCAUUAUUUGACUUCAAAAGAAUUGCAAAUGCAACAAGUAACUUCUGUCGUGACAAAAAACUUGGAGAAGGUGGCUUUGGACCUGUCUACAAGGGCAUAUUGGAUGAUGGGAGAGAAUUGGCUGUGAAAAGGCUUUCAAAAAAUUCAAGUCAAGGACUAGAUGAGUUUAAAAAUGAAGUUUCAUGUAUCGCCAAACUUCAGCACAGAAAUCUUGUAACGCUUCUUGGUUGCUGCAUAGAGAAAGGAGAAAGAAUAUUGAUCUACGAGUACAUGGCUAACAAAAGUCUUGAUCUAAUCAUUUUUGAUGAAAAGGUAAAAAACACAAUGGACUGGCCGAAACGUUACAGCAUAAUAAGCGGCAUUGCUAGGGGCCUCCUUUAUCUUCAUCAAGAUUCAAAGCUAAGAAUCAUACAUAGAGAUCUCAAAGCAAGUAACAUUCUACUUGAUCAUGAGAUGAAUCCAAAAAUUUCAGAUUUUGGCAUGGCAAGAAUUUUUGGAGGAAAUGAAACUGAAGCAAAUACAUCUAGAGUUGUCGGCACAUAUGGCUACAUGUCCCCCGAAUAUGCUAUUGACGGACAAUUCUCUGUUAAAUCUGACAUAUACAGUUUUGGUGUUUUACUGAUAGAGAUAGUUUGCGGAGUGAAAAACAGAUUAUUCACUCAUCCUGACCACAGCUUAAACCUUUUAGGACAUGCAUGGCUAAGUUACAAAGGAGACAAACUUUUACAACUAAUCGAUGGGGUAAUCUUGGAUUCAAGUAACCAUAUUGAAGUUUUCCGAGUUAUCCAAAUCGGAUUAUUGUGCGUUCAGAAUGAUCCAAAGGACAGGCCAGUUAUGUCCCAGGUGGUUUUAAUGUUGAGUAGUAACAUGAAACUCCCUCAUCCUAAACAACCUGGGUUUUUCAUGGAGAGAUAUUUGCUUGAAGCAGACUAUUCAUUAAGCAGCCCGAAUCUGUCAUCAUCAAACCAAUUUACCAUAACCACUCUUCUACCUCGACAAUAGUGUAAAUGUCUUUGUGCCUUGUUGACAGUCAUAUAUUACUUAUUUAACAAGAUUCAUGAAACGUUCUUAGAAAGCCUUCCUGAUUUUUAUUUAUUUGUAGAUAUUGAACAAGGCUUUAUUUUGUAAUUACUUCUUUUCUUUUACUCAUAUAAUCAUUUUUUUUACAAAUAAUAGACUGCUUAUAUUAAUUAAUUUUCAACGUAAGAUUUUCCUUG